AUGAAGGAUGUGAGGGGCAACCACCCAAGACACUCCAGGUGUCAAAUGUGGGGCUCAGACCCCUAACAAACGUGACAUGAAGGCUGGCAACAUCAACCCCCCUGUGUGGGCAUCCCUUGCAGAAAACCGCAGUGCCUGGAGACAGACAGGUUGUGCAUCCACAGCAGUGACCAGAGGAGGAAUGGCUGCUGGGAGGAGUGCAGAGAGAAGAAAUGCCCUGGUGCAUCUGCAGCAGCCCAACUGGACGCCUCCAUCUGCCCCGGCUGCAACAAAACAUCUCUCUCCAGUAUCAGUCUCUACAGUCACAGCAGAUGUUGUAACUCUCCACCGAUUUGACUUCAUCCCCAAAGGCACACUCUUCCAUUGUCUCCUGAGACGGACGGAUGCCAACAACAAAAGACCCCCAACUUUUAGUAUUUGAGUCACAGAACUGCAGAGUUGGAAGAGACCCAGGUCAUUGACUCUACCUCCUUGCUGUACUCAAGCUAUGGAAGAAGUCUGAGCAAAGCAGGGAUGGAAGGACAUUCGAGAAGCUGUUCUUAUGUAAAUAUAAACCAAACCAGUUUUAACAAGGAGAAGUAGCAGAGAGGGGUCCCACACAGCGACUAACACCAACAAGCUAAUACAACAGAGCCUUCCCCAACUCCUUCCUGGCUGCGCUCAGGCUUUGUUUGAACCUGCCAUUUCCCGCCCCCCAUGUCGCCGUCCGAGGCGAAGGGUACUCUGCACGCGCUCAGAGGAGCGGAAUGUUUCCCCCGCUGUAGGUAGGCAGGUAAGAGCGGGAAACAGACAGGGAAAAGGAAAACAGCGUCUGUUAAGGCAAGACUAGAGCUGGCUGAAAAGCGCCGCCUGAGCGGGCGCCCGUGCGCCUCACCCCGCCGCCCGACCAGCCAUUCUGCACAAGGGCAGCCUCGCCGCCCGGCCCGCGGAGCCGGAGCAACUGGCCCGCUCGCCCGGCUGCCCGUCGCCGCGCUGGCCCCGCCCCGGGCCCCGCCCCCGCGCCGCCGGCCAAUCCGGCUCGGCGGAGGGGGAGGGCGAUGCAGGCUUUGCGCCCGCCCUCCCUGUGGGCUUAUUGAGAGUUAUAUCAAGAAACCCAGUUCGGAGCGAGCGAGGAAGGGGAGAGCGCGCCGGAGACGGGAGGAGAAGCCUGCGCCGCCCGCCCGCCUGCCUUGCCCUGCCUGCGCGGCCAAGCAACAGCCCGCUCCGGGUCCCGGGCAAGGCGAGGGCUCUGCGGGAAGAAGUUGCGCGCUCAGUUUGCCGGCGGCGCGGAAGGCGAGCGCAGCGCCGGGCGCGGGCAUCGGGCGGCCGAGCGGGGCAUGCCCUGAUCCGGAGGAGAAGCGCGCCGGGCUGCGGGGCUCGCUCGCCGGGCUGCGCGGCCGCCUUGGCCGGGGCUGGGGAGCCGGCGGUGUCGCCUGCGCCGCCGCGAGAGGGAUCGGCAUCGCUUUGAUCAGCAUCCUCCUCGUCAUCCUCCUCAAGUCAGGAGGAAGAGCAAGUAAAUAAGGGAGGGGCGGAGCGGGAGGCAAGGUGGAGGGAGGACGAGAGAGACGCGCCGAGAGAAGCAUGGCGAACCCGGACGGAACUGUGAAUUUGUUCUCUGGAGUUGUGAAUUUGCCACCGAGGAACAACACCUCUGCUCUGGAGGAGGAAGCGCCCGCCUGGCCGGCUGCUUGCUGAUUCCCCUUCCACCUCUCCUCUCCCUCCAAAAAAGACGAAUUUGGUGGCUACCUGGGUGCCCGAUGCAUUGUGCGGGGCUUCCUCUGUGUCUUGGUCCUGGGAGAUCGGAUCCUUCCUCGGCUGCUGCUGCUGCAGUUCAUCGGCACACGAAAAAGCGGCAACGUAAGUGCGAAGUUACAUAUGCUUCUCUCUUUUUUGGAAGGGGAGGCAUUUUUAAAAAAAUAAAAUUGAUUUUAAUGUAUAUUCCGACGGGAGGGGGGGAAUCUCCGCGUCGCUUUGGGCUUGAGUUUGCUGGCUCUGCAGCCCCUACCUGCCUGCAUCAGUGUAAUGGAAAGGAUCACGGAUAUCAACGCGUAGCUUUUAAUGCAGAUGUCAGAUCAGUGCUUCUGACCAAACUCUCUCCGCCUCCCCCUCCCCCAAUCUUAUAAGGACGCCUGGAGCUUUAUUUGCUCCCAUAAGGGCAUCUGAGCAGAAGUCUCUCUCUCUCUCUCUCUCUUUCUUAAGCAGCACUAUUAGACUGCAGUAUUUAUGUGUGGCAGCUGCUGCUAAUAACACAUUCGGAGGGGCAGCCGAGUGUCACUGACUGCAUCACCCCCCCCAUACAACCCUCAUAACAAAAAACAAACCAACCCCCAACAGCAUCUUUCUGCAUUUUCUUUGUAAACAUCUGGCUUGCUGCUUCUGAGUUGGUUCAAGGCUGCCUCCUCCCCAAAUCUUCUGUUUAUGUUGAAGUUGAACCUUCUCCGGCAGAUGCAAGUCACAUACACUGGCACACUGGAACAUCUGGAAAAGGUGACAUUUUGGUUGGCUCUGGGGAAGAAACUAGAGGUCCUGUUAUUGUCUUCCUUAGUUAAUAGAGAUGGGAAGUAGCCAGAGAGCUACUGCAGAAGCAGCAGUGUGAGCAGUUUGUCUGAAUCGUUAAGAGAUCCUAGACCAUCUUACAGCACUAGCCUAGGAUAAAACACACAAGCAGGAGGAAGGGGAGGAAAAUGUAGCUGGGUAAUUUAAUUGGGAGAAGGCAGGAUGCAUGAUGCUUUAAAUUGCAGUGGGCAUACAAUUCAUGCUAUGCAUUUUUUAAAAAAGAACUUCCACUAAAUUUUGGCGUGGAAGGAGAAAGCAUUGCAUGGUAUGCUCAGUUCAAUGGACUGAUUUGAACAAACAUGUGUAUGUGUGUGUGUAUGAGAGAGAAGAAAACGGCAUCUCUCCCAUCAAUCUUGUAACUAGUUAAUUUCAUUCUGAAUGUGUGGUAUACUGGCACAUUCAUGGAGAGGAACUGCUUGCACACACAAACGAAAGGAAGGAAGAAAAGCAGGUGCCGGGUGUUUGUAAGUGUGUUGCAGAAACGUGGAGCAGGGCUUGGCAGUUGCAUCUGGUGUCAGUUAAAAUGAGUCAAUAACACUUCUUUUUUUAUUGUUGUUGUUGUUGUGAUUGUGUUGACAGUGGCUGUCUGGAAGCAAGAGCUCUGAUGUGAUGCAUCCUGCAGUCCUCCCCUUGCGAACGAGGCAGCAGCAUUCCAUCGUGGAAACCUGGAAACCCUAA